AUGGCAACUCCAUCAGCCCCCAGUGAAAACACUGAUGUUAUUCUCACAAUUUCAUUCAACCAAGAUGGGAAAACCAUAUCGGUUGGUCAUCAUAAUGGAUACAUGUUCUAUAAAACCCCAGAGCUUUUGGAAAACACAAGCCUGAUGUACGAAGGAGAAACUUCAUCUAAUCCACAUUUACGUGAGUUGGUUGUCGUAGAACGUCUCUACUCGUCAUCGCUAAUUGUUAUGGUAUCCCAAAUUGAGCCAAGAGUGAUGCGUGUGUACCACUACGCUACAAGAAACUACAUUUGUGACCAUAGAUUCAAUAAGUCGGUUCUCAACGUUAAAUUGAAUCGGGAGAGAAUCGUUGUUUGCACUGAAGAUUGUAUUUAUAUAUACAAUUUGAAAGACAUGAAGUCUAUGCAUAGCAUUCAAGAUACACCAUUGAAUCAAUUAGGAAUAAUUGAUUUAUCAUUGGCUAACUCCAAUAUAUUUUUGGCGUACCCUGGAAGUGCAGAAACUGGAUCGGUUCACAUUUUUGAUCCGAUAAACCUUUCUUCCGUUAACACUUUCGUUGCCCAUGAUGGACCAUUAGCAGCUAUUAAAUUUAACAGUGAUGGAACAAAACUCGCCACUGCAAGUACAAAAGGGACGGUAAUUCGUGUUUAUGGUGUUCCACAUGGCGAGCGACUUUUCGAAUUUCGCCGAGGAAUGUCAAGAUAUGUUUCGAUUCAUUCGCUUGCAUUUUCGCCGGACAGUAACUAUUUAUGCUCCUCUUCGAAUACGGAAACUGUUCACGUUUUCAAGCUUGAGAAAACGGAGGAACAUCAAACUGAAGCCGCUCCAGAACCAUCUUCCUGGUUUGGAAUGUUUAAUAAGAAAGUUAAUGAUUAUAUGCCCUCACAGGUUACUGAAUUGAUAACAACGGAGCGAAGUUUUGCAACUGCUAAGUUACCGGGAGUGACGAAGCGCAAUCUGGUCACUGUCCUUUCUCAUAAACAACAGAAUUACGUCGUUGUGGCAACAUCGGAAGGAUUUGUUUACUGUUAUCGCUUGGAUCCAGCUGGUGGAGAAUUGGAUCUUGUGAAGCAACACAAAAUUGGGCCAGGUGCUGAGGGAACCAUGCGUGGACCAGCUAGCUCCGUUGGCAAUUCUGAUUCAGAUAUGGCUCCAAACGUCGAUGAUCCAGACGACUUCCCGCCAAUGACUCACUCCAGUGGUUAA